UGCUUACUGCGCAUGCGCAUAGCCGGAUUUCCGCGAAAUCCGGACGUCCCGUAAGAAAGUGCAUCCGUUUUGCGAGAGAGAACCACUGAACCAACGUCCUUUCUUGUCUCGUCCGCCGUUCAGUGAGCUAGAGAGACCAGCCAUAACUGCACUAUUCAAUAGUUCCAUGGACAAGAUGGACAGCUUCGAUACGCCGACCGACACGAAUUUCGACUACAUGUACAAGGUUCUCAUAGUGGGGAACUCUGGCGUGGGGAAGACGGCCUUCUUGAUGCGCUACUGCGACGACAACUUCUCCCAGUCAUUUGUGGCCACCGUUGGCAUCGACUUCAAGGUCAAAAACAUGUACAGACAAGACAAGAGGAUAAAGUUGCAGAUUUGGGACACGGCAGGCCAGGAGCGCUACAGGACCAUCACGACAGCCUACUACCGUGGGGCCAUGGGAUUCAUACUCAUGUUUGACCUCACAAACGAAGAAUCGUUCCACGCCGUCAAAGGCUGGGCAGCCACAAUCCAGGACCUGUCGUGGGAGAACGCCCGGGCAGUUCUGGUGGGCAACAAGAGCGACCUGACAGACAGUCGAACCGUCUCAGAGGAGCAGUGUCGAGAACUCUCCCAAACCCUCGGCUUCGAGUUCUUCGAUGCGAGCGCCAAAGACGGCAACAACGUCAAGGGAGUGUUUGAGUACCUCGUGGAUGCCAUUUCCAUCAAGAUGGCGGAGAGCAUAGAGAAGAACCCGAACUUCCUGCCGCGUGGGACACGCCCCAGAACUGUCGAUCCUGCUGCCCAGGACACGAGUAGCUGUUCCUGUUGACAAACGCCGGCCCACAUCCACUUUUUUAGUCUCUGAAUUUUUACAAUUAUUUCGUGCAAUAAACUCACGUUCACUCUCCCCCCACUGAAUCACCAAUCAUGGACACAUCUCUAUGAAUACAUUUCCUCUCACCAUAAUUAAUAUCUCCACAUGUCUAGGGUAGUAUACACACACAGUAUAAUACCACUGUUAAAAUAUUUGUAACAUUGUCUUAAAAUUUUGCCAUAGUGUAAAAAAAACGU